UUUGUGUUGAAUGUGAUCAUCAUCAGACAGCGAAACGAAAUACACAGACCGUUGUCAGGUGCCUGGAACCACACCGACUCCGAUCACAGAGCAAACACCGGCGUUUCUACAGCCUCUAACAUCCAUAUCAUAACGUUAAAUCUUUAAUCAGUGUCUUCACUGCGAUGGAGCUUCUGGUGGGCAUGUCUCUGGUGUUAUUGACAGCUUGAGCGAAAAGAAAUGGACUGCAGUGUGGAAAAAACAAACUAGAGACCACGCCCCCUGAACACCAUGAGGCUCAACUCAUCCUGAUUUGCACACACGCUCCACACACUCAAACGAACUUCCUCGCCAUGGGCUCUGUGUACUUGUGGAAGUUGUCCUCCCAAAAGCUGGGAUUCUUCCUUGUGAGUUUUGGUUUUAUUUGGGGGAUGAUGCUGCUUCAUUUCACAAUCCAGCAGAGGGCGACGCAUGAAAGCAGCGUGCAGCUACGCAUGCAGAUAUUGGAUCUCAGCAAGCGAUAUAUCAAAGCCCUCGCUGAGGAGAACCAGAGAGUGAUGGACGGACCCUACGUAGGCACCAUGACGGCAUACGAUCUGAAGAAGACUCUAGCUGUUCUUCUGGAUAAUAUAAUGCAGAGAUUAUCAAAGCUGGAGUCUAAAGUGGACAAUAUCAUAUACAACGGCACAAGUACUAACCUGACCAAUGGAACCGGGACCCCUGGACCGAACCCUGUCAACCCAGAGAAAGUCAACGUGGCGGACUUGCUGAACGGAGCACAGGAGAAAUGUGAACUACCCUCGCUUGAUGGGUUUCCUCAUUGUGAAGGCAAGUUGAAGUGGAUGAAGGACAUGUGGCGUUCGGACCCCUGCUACGGAAACUACGGAGUGGACGGAUCCACCUGUUCGUUCUUCAUUUAUCUGAGUGAGGUUGAAAACUGGUGCCCUCGGCUGCUGUGGAGGAUCAAAAAUAUUGCGGAUGAAGCCGACAGAAAGGCACAGAAGGAGAUCCGCACGAGUUUCGAGGAGCUGUAUCGCGUGAUGUCGCGGCGCGAGGAGUUUCGCUGGAUGAUGUUGCGGAUCAAGCGAAUGGAGGAGCCGUGGGUCAGUGCCGUUCGCUCCCUCGCCACCAAACAGAACCUCGCCAAACACAAGCGCAAAAAGAUCCUGGUGCACUUGGGUCUCCUGACGAAGGAGUCUGGUUUCAAGAUCGCGGAGAACGCGUUCAGCGGGGGUCCUCUGGGAGAGCUGGUCCAGUGGAGUGACCUCAUCACCACGCUGUACCUGCUCGGACACGACAUCCGAAUCUCCGCCUCUCUCGCUGAGCUAAAGGAGAUCAUGAAGAAGGUCAUGGGCAACAAGUCCAGCUGCCCCACGAAGGGUGAUAAAAUCGUGGAGCUCAUCUACAUAGACAUCGUCGGUCUGGCUCAGUUCAAGAAGACUCUGGGCCCGUCCUGGGUCCAUUAUCAGUGCAUGCUUAGGGUCCUGGACUCCUUCGGGACCGAGCCGGAGUUUAACCACGCCCACUACGCCCAGUCGAAAGGUCACAAAACUCCAUGGGGCAAGUGGAACCUGAACCCCCAACAGUUCAACACCAUGUUUCCUCACACUCCAGAUAACAGCUUCCUGGGCUUCGUGGUGGAACAGCACCUGAACGCCAGUGACGUCAGGCACAUCGACGACAUCAAGAGACAAAACCAGUCGCUGGUUUAUGGCAAGGUGGACAACUUCUGGAAGGAUAAGAAGAAAUACCUGGACAUCAUUCACUCGUACAUGGAGGUGCACGGCACGGUCCACGGCACUAGUACGGUCCACCUGCCGAGUUACGUGAGGAACCACGGCAUCCUCAGCGGACGCGACCUCCAGUUCCUCCUGCGCGAGACCAAGCUUUUUGUUGGGCUUUCCUUUCCUUACGAAGGCCCCGCCCCUCUGGAGGCCAUAGCCAAUGGCUGCGCUUUCCUGAACCCAAGGUUCGACCCGUCUAAAAGCAGCAAAAACACCGAUUUCUUCAAGGGCAAACCCACGCUCAGAGAGCUGACCUCCCAGCACCCCUAUGCCGAGGUGUACAUCGGGCGGCCGCACGUCUGGACGGUCAACAUAGAUGAUCCUGCAGAGGUGGAGAACGCCAUUAAAGCAAUCCUCAGUCAGAAGAUCGAGCCGUACCUGCCGUACGAGUUCACCUGCGAGGGGAUGUUACAGCGCGUCAACGCCUUCAUCGAGAACCAGGACUUCUGUCACGGUCAGGUGAUGUGGCCUCCUCUGAGCUCCCUGCAGGUGAAGCUGGCUCCGGCUGGGAAAUCCUGCAAGCAGAUGUGUCAGGAAGAGCAGCUGAUCUGUGAGCCCUCCUUCUUCCAGCAUCUCAAUAAAGACAAGGAUCUGGCCAGGUAUGGUGUUGAGUGUAAGACGGUGGAGUCCGCCAGUGAUAUCGUAGUCCCCGCCUACAGUGAAUCGGCGCGGCACUGCGUGUUCCAGUCCGACUUGCUGCUGUUCAGCUGCGCCGGGGCUCAUCAGUCCCUCACGCGCAUCUGUCCCUGCAGAGACUACAUGAAAGGCCAGGUGGCGCUGUGCAAAGACUGCCUAUAACACACACACUUCGGCAACCCCGUACGACCAACCAGGCAGUGUUCGAAACCUGCCCUACUGGACAGGAACGGACUGUUACAUAGUGCAAUGCGUGGACAGUGCCAGUGUUUAAUGUGCGGUGAUGCGAUUAAAGGAUUCUGAGUAAUUCAACUCUUGUUUUAUUCCCAUACCCGAGCGUACGGAGACGUCUGGAAGUGAAACGCUGGACUGUGGCAGCUCUCGGCAAAGAGAAAACAAUCUUUCCGAAAUACUGACGGAUGGAGAGAGGAGAAACCCUUUUUUUUUUUUUGGGGCGCGUGAACUUGAACAAGUUUCUGCCUGACAUACUUGAAGCGGAGUGCAGGGAAUCAGAACUCUACACUGCCACCUGCAGGCAUGGAGGAAACACUGAACUGACACUCAUUAGCCCAGUUUAUCGUUCUGCUGUUUUUCUUCUCUCUCUGAAAAAACAGACUUUCAUCAUAGGACCAUGUUUCCAAGACUCUGACUGAACUUCACCCUUUUGAAGACUGAUACUUGCAGUGUGUGUGCGUGUGUUUGUGUGUGCGAAUACGGCUGUUGUUUUAAAGUCAUGGGAAGGCGGACUUUGUGAAGAAACUUUCCCAGUUUAACACUGUAACGAACACUCCACUUACCGGCUCUGUGAAAUGACGCCUUCACAUGUAAAUAACGUACCACUAUAUUCUGCAUGGUAGUUUAUUUGCUGUGAUGCAAACGGCAACUUUCAACAGCACAUGCUAACACUGGGAGUUUUCAGUGUUGGUCACUAUCCACGGUAAAUAUCGCAGUACUGCACCAGAGAACUGCCAGGUAAGCUAUUUUAGCGAAACGCUUAACACACACCUCGCAAACCAGCCAGUAUAAAUGAAAACUCAAACCGGUUGACCAAACGAACCGUUAAAGGCACACUAUGUAAGUUUUUUUUUGAAAAAAUCAAAAACCACAAGAGCAAUGUUACGUGUCUGUGCAUUGCCUAUCAAUGACAUCGUUGCCCUCGAAUUCCCGUUUUAUUUUGUAGAAACCAUGGAAACACCAAAGAUGCUCUAAUACAUUGUGUUUUUAGACAGGUGGGCGACUGUUUGGGUACAUUUAUCGAAAGAAAACCAAUUGUUAUACAGCUCAACACGUUGUUUGAAUCUCGUUUUUUUGAUUUACAAUGAUUUACCACCAUGCCUAAUAUCGAGUCCCGUCAUAUUCUCCACCGGAAGACAACAACUCCCAUGAUUCCGCCAAACCGAGGCGUCAUCAAGCUACGCCUUUGUUUUGAAUAAACGACCUCUAGUGGUGAAAUAUUACAUAGUGUGCCUUUAAUGAAGCUAGUAGAUUGAGUUUGACUAAAUUGGGUCACUUUGUUGCAUGCCAAAAAGUGGCUCAGUUUACCCAAAUAUAUGUGCAUAAAGUAAAUACCCAGAAAUUUCUGUCAAAUUUUAUCUUUAUUUGUAUAAAAACAUAUAUAUAUAUAUAUAUAUAUCUGUAUAAAAGCAGUGUACAUUACAUGGAUCGAAUACUUUUCUCUUCUUUUUUGUGUUAACCAAUUGGCCUUGGUUUUCAUUUUUUUAUUUUUUAUUAUUUAAAAAUGUCUAUAUUCUUGAAUUUGCCUGCCUAUUAUAGGGGGGGAAACAUCAAAAUGAUUACUUGUGUUUUUGGAAUGAAAAAUGCACUAUAGCGAAGAUUUGACACCAGAUAUUACAACACACUGUAAAACUGUUUUAAACUUGUUGUUUUUUUUUAAUUUAUUUUGUAUACAGAUCUUUAUCUCUGCCUGUUGAUUUUUAUGUGACUAUUUAUAGAAGAGAAAAUUCUUUAUAGAGGGAAAUAUUAUUUAUCAGACUAAUUUAAAUGUAAGCGCAUAUGCUUGUCCAGAGUUAUGUUUUUUUUUUCUAUUAACUGAGAUUUGAGAUUUUCAAAAUCAAUGAAAACUAUAUUAAACGUAAAGCUGUUCAAUUUUACUUAACGUUAUAUGAAAAUAGUACAGCAAAGCAUAUCAUAAUUCCCUUUAUCGUUGAGACUCUGGACAAACAUUGCGAACAAAGUUUAAUUGCAAAAGCCAGCAAAAACCUCAUUUGAUGUUUUUAUCCAAUGUAUGAUUUCUGUAAACAUUUGCACAUUUGUAAAUAUAGAUGGGUCUCUUCUAGUUUUCCACUCUAACUUAUACGAUAGAUUUAUGUUCGCGUUUCUGCUCUUUGUCGGAAUCGACACGUUUGUACGUAAAACGAUGGUCUUCAGCCAAGAACGAUGGUCUGUCUCCUCUCGUUACAUGAUGUGCCUUCUGAUGGUUACUAGAACUGUCUGGUUCGUUUUCCUUUAUGAAAUAAAAAGCGUUGAAGGCGGAAUGCUAGCUAGCUAAAAGCCGAAAUAGUAGUUGAAUAGCUGAAGUAGAGUCGGCAUUUAGCGUAAAAUAGUUUUGCCAAACGUUUGGUGGUUGUCGACACGCAAAAUCACACAAAUAUGUCUCGUUGACUAAAGUCGUGACAUUUGGUUUACAGUAUGAAGGAUGCCACCGUUUCAAAAGUGUUUGUACAGCUUAGCUGUAGCUAUGGUCUUCAUAUUAACGACCAUCACAAACGUUUUAAGAUAUUAGAUUAGUUUAAUGAAAAUCGUGGCCAGUAACUCUUACCUGCGUUUAUGUUAAUAACAAAAAAUUGGAAUGAAACCCAAAUUACUCAUGGAACCAUUUUUUUUUUAUUAUUUUUUUUUUUACAAUUGUUCUGGUUUACUUCGCUGUUAAUAAUAGUUGCUUUUAUUUUGUUUUAAGCUGAAAUGCAUUCACACAUCAGACUAAUUUGUAAACUGUUAAUAAGUAUAUGUUGUUUUUUGGGGGGGGGGACAUUCAAAAAAAUAAAUACACUGACCAUUUGUUUUUCAUUGA